AUGUUUAUACGCCUCUUCGCGCGUGAGGAGGAGGGGGAAAAAGAAGGGAAGAUUUGCCACAUGCCACGGGAGUACGAGUUUGCAGAGAAGAUCCUUUUCACAGAAGAGGAGAUCCGCACCCGCAUUAAGGAGGUUGCCAAGCGCAUUGCGGAUGACUACAAGGGAAAGGGUCUGCGCCCUUAUGUCAACCCUCUUGUGCUCAUAUCUGUUCUGAAGGGAAGCUUUAUGUUCACUGCUGACUUGUGCCGUGCACUCUGUGAUUUCAACGUGCCGGUGCGAAUGGAGUUCAUUUGCGUCUCAUCAUAUGGUGAAGGUCUCACGAGCUCCGGUCAGGUGCGCAUGUUGCUUGACACGCGCCACAGCAUUGAGGGGCACCAUGUGUUGAUUGUGGAGGACAUUGUUGACACCGCCCUCACGCUGAAUUACUUGUACCACAUGUAUUUUACACGCAGGCCAGCGAGCUUAAAAACAGUUGUGUUGCUUGACAAGCGUGAGGGGCGACGCGUGCCCUUUUCUGCGGACUACGUUGUGGCGAAUAUACCCAACGCCUUUGUGAUUGGCUACGGUCUUGAUUACGACGACACCUACCGUGAGUUACGCGACAUUGUUGUUCUUCGUCCGGAGGUGUAUGCGGAGAGGGAGGCAGCGCGGCAGAAGAAGCAGCGGGCCAUUGGUAGCGCUGACACCGACAGAGACGCCAAGAGGGAGUUUCAUAGCAAGUACUGA